UGGUGGAGCCGGGUGCGUAGCGCUUUCUGAGUUGUCCUAGUCAGGCCUUCCCAAACGUUUCCACGCGGAAACCAACGGCCAGGGGAGAGGCGCGGCGUCGAGCCGAGCUAGGCUGACGAGACCGCCGCCGCAGCCGAGCGCGCGAGCCCGCCGGGGCGUUAGUCCGUCGGCGCGCAGUCACGGGCCCCGGCCCGACUCUUCAGAGCCAUGAGUUACGGCCGCCCGCCUCCCGAUGUGGAGGGCAUGACCUCCCUCAAGGUGGACAACCUGACCUACCGCACCUCGCCAGACACCCUGAGGCGCGUGUUCGAGAAGUACGGACGCGUCGGCGACGUGUACAUCCCGCGGGACCGCUACACCAAGGAGUCCCGCGGCUUUGCCUUCGUCCGCUUCCACGACAAGCGCGACGCUGAGGACGCCAUGGACGCCAUGGACGGGGCCGUGCUGGACGGCCGCGAGUUGCGGGUGCAGAUGGCGCGCUACGGCCGCCCCCCGGACUCGCACCAUAGCCGCCGGGGACCCCCGCCCCGCAGGUACGGGGGCGGUGGCUACGGACGUCGGAGCCGCAGCCCUAGGCGGCGUCGCCGCAGCCGAUCCCGGAGUCGGAGCCGGUCCAGGUCCCGGAGUCGAUCUCGCUACAGCCGCUCCAAGUCCCGGUCCCGUACUCGGUCAAGAUCGCGAUCAACCUCCAAGUCCAGAUCGGCGCGAAGGUCCAAGUCGAAGUCCUCGUCUGUCUCCAGAUCUCGCUCGCGGUCCAGGUCCAGGUCUAGGUCCAGGAGUCCUCCGCCCGUGUCCAAGAGGGAAUCCAAGUCCAGGUCGCGAUCCAAGAGUCCUCCCAAGUCUCCCGAAGAGGAAGGAGCGGUGUCCUCUUAAGCAAAUGCUGCGGUCUCCUGUUUGAUAAAAGAAUAUUGGCCAGUAUUGCAGAUUUUAACUGAUUUGGCUGAUCCUCCAGGGACCAGUUUCUGUGGGCGUGUAUUGGAGCAGGUUUGUCUUUAAAUGUUAAAGAUGCACUAUCCUCUUAGAGAAAACAAUCAGUUCAACUAUUGUUGUGCUGACUGGGACUUCAUAUUCUAAUGGAUGUGGCGCAAACGAAUUGCAAAAACGAAGCAAUGAACUUUUGGAACCAAAAGUUUACAGGUAUUGAUUGCACUGGGUGGGGAAAGGAUAGUGUGUCUUUAACUCUCAAAUUGUUUGGUCCUAUUUUUUAAAAGGAAAGGGCCCUAAGUAGCUCAGAUGUUAAAGCAUUCUGAAAUGCCAAAUGUGUUUCAUUUGAACACUAAAAACUUAAAAUGUAGACUAAUUGUCUGAUCUCGAGUUGCUUUUGUUUGGAUACAGCCCUCUUUUUUUUUUCUUUUCUUUUUUCCCCCCUUACCAUUUUUCACCUGGGUUAUUUGGCCAAGAAUACAUAAACACAAACUUCUAACGCUGAUGGUAGCCUUUGUGAAAUUUUCUUAAUUGGGCCUUUAAAAAACUGAUCAGUGGCUGGUUGGAACCUUUCUGUAACCUACUGGUUUCACCAGACCCUUAGUAAGUACUGAAAUUAAAACCAUGUGCACCUUUGGUGAUUUCAUAAUAAUGGAAGGUAAACUGAACUUAUUUUUUUUCAAACCUAGAUGUGUCGACAAGCAACAUAAAGGAAGACUUGGGGGAAAAGGACCCACGUACUCAGUAGUACUCAGUCCACUGAAGAGUCCUUGGAACAAGCAACUGGCUAUUGAAAAGGUUAUUUUGUAACAUUUUGUCUAACUUUUUACUUGUUUUAAGCUUUGCCUCAGGUGGCAAACUCAUUUUAUGUGCCAUUUUGUUGCUGUUAUUCAAAUUUCUUGUAAUUUAGUGAGGUGAACGACUUCAGAUUUCAUUAUUGGCUUGGAUAUUUGAGGUAAAAUUUCCUUUUUGUUUAUAUAGUGCUGACUUUUUUUGUUUGAAAUUAAACAGAUUGGUAACCUAAUUUGUGGCCUCCUGACUUUUAAGGAAACGUGUGCAGCCAUUACACACAGCCUAAAGCUGUCAAGAGAUUGACUCAACAUUGCCUUCAUACCUUAAAAUUAAAAACCUACGAAAGUUGGUGUAAAUUGUUUGUAUAUGUUAUUUACCUUCAGGUCUAAAUGGUAAACUGAACCCAAAUUUGUAUAAAGACUUUUCAGGUGAAAAGACUUGAUUUUUUUUAAAAAAAAAGGAUUGUUUACCAAACACAAUUCUAAUCUCUUCUCUUAUGUAUUUUUGUGCACUAGGCGCAGUUGUGUAGCAGUUGAGUAAUGCUGGUUAGCUGUUAAGGUGGCGUGUUGCAGUGCAGAGUGCUUGGCUGUUUCCUGUUUUCUCCUGAUUGCUCCUGUGUAAAGAUGCCUUGUCGUGCAGAAACAAAUGGCUGUCCAGUUUAUUAAAAUGCCUGACAACUGCACUUCCAGUCACCCGGGCCUUGCAUAUAAAUAACGGAGCAUACAGUGAGCACAUCUAGCGAUGAUAAAUACACCUUUUUUUUUCUUCCUCUCCCCCCCCCUCAAAAAAUGGUAAAUCCGAUCAUCUUCAUGUAUGAACUUAAAAUGUGGAAAAUGUUAAGGAAACAAAUGGUUUGUAACUUUGUAAGUACUUAUAACAUGGUGUAUCUUUUUGCUCAUGAAUAUUCUGUACUAUAACCAUUGUUUCUGUAGUUUAAUUAAAACGUUUUCUUGGUGUUAGCUUUUCUCAGAA